UAUGGCAGAGGCCCCCUACACUUGGCCGCCUACAAAGGCCACACUGAGGUUGUGCGCCUCCUGCUCAAAGCCGGCUGUGACCUGGACAUCCAAGACGACGGCGAGCAGACGGCACUGCACAGGGCCGCCGUGGUCGGAAACAAUGACAUCAUCAGCGCUCUCAUCCAGGAAGGCUGUGCACUGGACCGACAAGACAAGGAUGGAAACACAGCGCUCCAUGAGGUGUCCUGGCACGGCUUCAGUCAGUCCGUCAAACUGCUGGUGAAGGCCGGAGCCAACGUUCACGCUAAAAACAAGGCUGGAAACACGGCCCUCCACCUGGCGUGUCAGAACGGUCACGCUCAGAGCUCCAAAGUUCUCCUCCUUGGAGGCUCCAGACCCGACAGCAAGAACCACGUGGGGGACACAUGUCUCCAUGUCGCUGCUCGGUACAACCACCUGCCGAUGAUCCGCAUCCUGCUGGGAGCGUUUUGCUCCGUUUCAGAGAAGAACCUGGCAGGGGACACACCGCUCCACGUUGCAGCUGCUCUGAAUCAUAAGAAGACAGUACGUUUGCUGCUGGAGGCUGGAGCAGAGAGCCGCAUCUGCAACAACGCAGCUCAGACAGCUCUGGACCAGGCUAGAGAGCACAACAACCCAGAUGUUGCUCUUCUCCUCACUAAAGCCCCCCAGGUGCAGAGUUUUCUGCGAGGCAGGAGUGUGAGGAAGAGGAGAGAUAAGCUGAAGGCGGAGGGUCGAGCUCAGUCGGUGCCCAGAGACGAGAUGCUGCCCUGCAAGGACAGUGCGUCUGCUGCAGAGGACACGCAGAGCAGCGACCGCGCCGCCUGUAGACACGCAGAGGUGACCGAGUCAAACACCAGGCAGGGGAAGAGCAGGAAGCAGAAAGAAAAGCCGUCGCUGUCCGACCCCCUCCGCCGCAGAGAUACCCGGCACGGUGAAAGUUUUAACAAGAGGAAAGAUAAACUGAGAGGAGCUGCAUGCAUCCCUCCUCACAACUACAAAGCCUACCAGCUGUACACACUGUACCGCAGCAAGGACGGAAAGAUCAUGCAGGCUCCUCUGAACGGCUGUCGCUGUGAACCUCUCAUCAAUAAACUGGAGAAUCAGCUGGAGGCCACCAAGGAGGAGAUGAAGACCGAGAUCCACACAGUCCAAGACCUGAUGAACAGCAAGAUGGGACAGCUGGACCGCAAGAAC